AUGAUCUUCGGGCGCCCGUGGAUUUUCGUCUGUACGUUGGUUGCGUAUUGCUGCGGAGAUUUCAGUGACCCGGAUGUGCUGUGUAAAAACAGUCUGGACACUUGUCUGAAGAACGUGUCCGUCCUAUUGGAUCACACAGGUCUGAACGGUAUUCCGAAAUCGAAGGCUGACGUGGACGUAGUUUGCAAAGGGUUCAAAAUGGGAAUGAAGUGCUUCGAUGAUUUUUCAAAUUUAUGUCUAUCAUUAGAAGAAAAAAACAUGGUCAACGACAACGUAAUUGGAGCCAAAUAUACGUUCAAAUUUUUGUGCGACGACGAAACAUUUCAAAGAGACUACUUGAAGUAUACGGACUGUUACCGGGCGAUCAACUCGGACUGGGACUCGUGCACCGCAAAGUUCAUGUCUCUGGUCCGCGAAGAGAUGAGUGGCAACCAGUCGGAGGACGCCAAGGUGCUGAACCUGUGUUGCGCAAAACAUGGUUUCCUUAACUGUGUGUAUACUACAAGUAAAAUAAAGUGUGGAAUAGAAGAAGCUAUUUUUAUAAGAAAAAUUGCUGAUACAUUAUCUGAAAAUAAAUUUGUGUCAUCAGCGUGUAGACAUAUUGAAUUGGGACAUUGCAACAUAGCUCAACAAACAGCAUACAGUGUAUUCACAAUAAUGUUUAAUAUAUUUAUAGUUAUACGGUAUUACAAAAUAUAA